CAGGGAACCAUCGGUAUUUUAUGGGAUACCUGUUCUUCCUGCUUUUUAUGAUCUGCUGGAUGAUUUAUGGAUGUAUCUCUUACUGGGGUUUCCACUGUGAGACAAGUUAUGCAAAGGAUGGAUUUUGGACCUAUAUUACACAGAUUGCUACCUGUUCUCCGUGGAUGUUUUGGAUGUUUCUAAACAGUGUUUUUCACUUCAUGUGGGUGGCUGUGUUACUUAUGUGUCAGAUGUAUCAGAUUUCUUGCUUAGGUAUCACUACAAAUGAAAGAAUGAAUGCAAGAAGAUACAAGCACUUUAAAGUUACAACCACGUCUAUUGAAAGCCCAUUCAACCAUGGAUGUAUAAGGAACAUUAUAGACUUCUUUGAAUUCAGAUGCUGUGGUCUUUUUCGGCCUGUUAUUGUGGACUGGACAAGGCAGUAUACAAUAGAAUAUGACCAAACUUCAGGAUCAGGCUACCAGCUAGUGUAGCACCACCUUCAUCCUGUGAGCAUAUCAUAUCUGAGUGGUGCCUGAAAAUUUUUCUCUCUCUCUCGAAUCCACAUCCCUUGAAGAGUAGCAUGCUAUGUGUAAGGCUGAUGAUGAAUCUUAAGGUACCUUCUCUUCAUCAGAAUUUUGGUAACAGAAGUAAAAAUGGACAGAAUAAACUGCCAAAACCUGAUAAGGAAGAGGAGGAAGAUCAAAAAGGGAUUUUAACAGUUCUUAACAUGAGAAUUAUUUGCAACAGCAUAUUCACAGUAUUUGUUGUUGGGUUUUUUAUUUAAGGACUUUCACAGUGGAGCAUGAGAUUAUUGAAGUAUUGACAAAAGUAGUUACGUCGUGCUGAGCAGAAAAAUCUAUUUCCCAAUACGAAUAAUUCCACUGAAACAAGAAUCUAGAAUAUAAAACUAAAUUUCAUGAUGCAGAGUUCACUGAUCGCUGUGUUGUAGUUCCUGUAAUGUGAUUUUUUUAAUACAGAUUUUCUGUAGUAUUAUGUACAUUGAAAAAUGUGCUUUUUGAUACUGUUAUAAACAUCAUGUGGUGGAAAUCUCCUGUAAUGUGUUAAGUUAUAGCAGUAGGGCACGUCAGAUAAUAUUGAGAAAAAAUACGUUGCCCUCAAUUUUUUGGUGAUUGUUUUUGCCACGAGUUAGUGGUACAACUAAAUACUUUUAAUAACCCUGUUCUGCAGUUAUAUAGCCUGAAAUAAACAAUUGCACAAAUAAGGAAAGCUCUUCUGUCAAAGUUAAAGCCCUGCUUACAUGCAUGAUACACCUGUAAAACUAGAUUACAGUAUAUAAUGUUCAGGAAAAAAAAUGGUAAAAAAUCAUUAUCUUUGAAAUAAUUGUAUAAGCAACUUACAAAGUAUCAAUGUUUCAAUAUUAGGUUUGAUCCUCAUACAGUACAGUGUAGUGUAAUUGGAGACAUGUUGGAAGAGAAGUUGCAUGGAGGAAGCCACAGGUGUGAAAGCAAAAAUCUCAAUUGUAACAAAACAAGAUAGUUUUAAAUUGAAUGUAACUGCAGAAGAAGAACACAAAGUUGUCUGAAAUGCUUAUUUUGUUUGGAUGUAAAAUAAUGGAAAACAAACUUAAAAAAAAAAAUACCCACAACAACGUGCGCACACAGAAAAUGUAAUGCAGCGUUCUGAAGAUGAUGGUGUAUUGGCAUGUGGAAAUCUUCCUUAAUUUCUUUUUUUAAGUUCUCAUGCUACAGAUAUGAUUGGAAGGUAAGGAAUGAUCUGAAAUUGCAUUCCAAAGGGGCUUUUCUUGAAUGUGAUGCACUGAUUUUUGUCAUGGUGUUUUCAUAUACUCGUAGUGAGUUGUUCACUGCUUCCUUAACUAUUGUUUACAGAGAGACUGAGAAUCAGGUUAGUUCUCUUCUAAGUGCUGUAGCAACCCAGUGGUUCAAGAAACCUGUGAGGGGAGUUUGGGGAGGGACCUGAAAGCGGAUGUCUGAGACCAGUGUAAAGAAUGUGUAUCUGUAUAUAAAUAAUUUAUCAAAUAGUUUUCUCUCUGUGAGUGUGUGUUUAGUGUAUUUAAAGCUGCUCAUUUUCAUUUUAUUCAACCAAAAAAAGUGUAGGAAGAUAUCUAAUGAGCUUUUAGUGAUGUUCAAUAUUGCUGUUAAUAGGCAUUACGCCCUGCAAAUUCACUGCAUGUUUGAUGCUUGGCAAAAUUAGCGUUUUCUGUAAUAUGCAGAUUACAGGUAAUAAAGCAAUCUAGUGGUAUUCCCGGCCCUUGCCUUAGUAAGAGGAGCAGUGAAAAUGUAAAUAGUUGAUGUUCAGUAUUUGCAAGUAAACAUUUUUUCUGUAGUUGUUCAUUGAUCUCAAGACACACGCUUGACACACUCAAGACACCAGAUAUCAGGAUUUACAGAAGUGCAGCAUUAGAGUACUUGAAUGUUUAAUACUGGAAAAAUCAACAUCAUCUUGGACACAGUUUUAAUGGGAGAGGUUAGAGUGUAGGGGUGGUAAGAAGCUUUUGCUAUUUUUGUCAGACAAAAUUUGUAAUCCUAAUGAAGACACAUUUGUUUCAGUGAAAACAGUUGAUAUCAGUUAUUUAUAUUUGUUUCUAAUCAGAAAAAAGCAUGAAGCCUUUACAAUGUUCCUUAUUUUAAUCACCAGUAAUGGUCUGCAUAUUUGUUCAUAUUUUUUCUUUCACAUCUCUGUUGAGGGUCGGUUGACUUGAAGAACUUCAAUCCACUUCAAAUAUCGCCUAGCACCAGAAGAGCAGUUCAGUACAUGAUACAAGUUUUGGUUUUAGUUGCCCAGUAGCGUUAACUGCCAUGAAUUGUGUCUUGGAGUUCAUGUCAAAGAUGUUUGCAAAAGAGGUGAUCUUUGGUAGUAUGUAGUGCGUUGUGCACAAUUUACUUGUUAAUAGCUCUCUGGUGACAGUUUUUUUGAGACCUGCAGAAUUUGAGCAAUAGUAGGUAGUUGUGAAAAUUAACUUGCAUAUAUGGGUUUGGGAUGUAUGAAGUUUCCAGUGCAAAAUGUAACUUGUCUUGAGUAACACUGAGUCAUUUGAUGUGAAAUCAUAAAAUCAAGAAGGGGGGAGCCAACUAUGCAGCAUUUUUCUGUCAAGUUAUCAAACUUACAGUUCACUUGUUGAACCAAAACUGCAUUGCUUCUGAAAUUUAACAAAGCCAAUCCAGACCAACAGCAGAUCAGACCAACUUAAUCUGACAUAGGUAGAAUGAAUGGGAAUUUUGUCUUGACCCUAAACAUGUGCUGUUUCUUUGCAGGUUUCUGUAUUCUUUGAUGUCCAUCAGGUUUGGUUUUGUUUUGGUUUGGUUUUUUUCAAUUAAUGUGUAAAACAGUAUCACUACAUUUUAAGCUAUGGAUUUUUUUUUAUAUUCUUUAUUUAUAACUGUGCCAAGUAUUAUUUUAAUACUGUCAAGAUCUUGAUGUAUUACAUUGUGAACAAAAAAAAAAUCUGUAAAAUGUUUAAUAAAUUAGCUCUCCUUACAUAAAUUAAAUCUGUUAAAUUUUGUAAGUUAUUAAUCAAAUAAAUAUUGACUCUUAGA